CAACUGGGAAAAUUAACCAAACAAAAUGUCCGAGACAGCUUAGUACAACUACAAACUCGGUUCAAAAAAAAAAGGGUGCUUGGUACAAACUACAAACGUAUUCUCACUUCCCAUACCACUGGAACUAAAGCCUCUUCAGACUCCAUCUCUAUUCCUUUUGUCCAAAUUCCUCUCCAAAAGCCCUUUCUUUUAUAUGUCUAAAAUGUCAAGCAAUAGAGAAGACCCACUUCCAUACACAAAUAACCCAUCUUCCUCGUCCUCUCCGAUCACAGUUUCUGACCAUCUUGACACUACCUUCCUAACUGCAGACCCAUCUGGCUCUCACCUCGGCAGCGCCUCCAAUAGCUUCCAGAACGACGCCGGUUUUCUCAACGAAAGCGCCAGCAGCAGCGACGUCGAGUUCGGCUUCUCUAGGCCUGAGUUCAGACAGAGCCCGCUUGCUGGGACUGUGCAGUUCUAUGAGCGUCAUGUGUUCUUAUGUUACAAGCAUCCUUCUGUCUGGCCACCGAGGAUUGAGGCUGCUGAGUUUGAUCGGUUGCCUAGGUUGCUCUCUGCUGCUGUCAUGGCUAGGAAGAGUUACAUGAAGAAAGAGACUCGCUUGACGAUUUGUGAGGGGCAUGAUGGGAUCGAGACAUCAAAUGGAGAUGUAUUAAUCUUCCCAGAUAUGAUCAGAUACAGCAAAGGAUGCAGGAGAUUGACACAUUUUGAUGUCGACACAUUUGUUGAGGAAGUGCUUGUGAAGGAUGGUGAAUGGCUGCCUGGAACUCCAGAAAUACUAAAGGGUAGUUAUGUUUUUGUAUGUUCUCAUGGGUCCCGAGAUCGUCGGUGUGGUGUUUGUGGACCUGCUUUAGUUAGUAAGUUCAAAGAAGAGAUAGAAUUACAUGGACUUCAAGGCAAAGUAUCUGUCAGCCCAUGCUCUCACAUUGGAGGGCACAAGUAUGCAGGGAAUGUCAUUAUAUUUGGAUCAAGUCUCAGUGGGGUCAUCACUGGACACUGGUAUGGAUAUGUCACUCCUGAUGAUGUCUCCGUAUUACUUGAGCAGCAUGUUGAAAAAGGAGAGAUAGUAGAUUGGCUAUGGAGGGGCCAAAUGGGUUCAUCUGAAGAAGAACAAAUCAAAUCCCAAGAACUAAGGCUCCAACUAAAUGGAGAGACAGAUGUAGGAAAGAACAGUAAAAAGUUGACACAAACGCAGAUAGAUGAAGCAAGCACCGGCGCACUAAGUACUAAAUUAGAAGUUACAGGAUGUUGCCAGCAAAAUGGAAGAUCUUCUUCUUGCUGCCAAAACCCCGUUUCACCACAAAAGGAGACUCUGGAUGCUAAUGAUAAGGGUAUAAAGGUGUCACCCGAUAAGAAGAAUAGCAAGAGACAACUAUCCCGGAUGAACAGUGGAAAAGGGUUGUCUACGCGUAGGAUUUGUGCUAUGCCUACAUGGUUUGAGAGCUGGGAGCGUGAAGAUACGUAUGCGGCUCUUGCUGUGGUCUGCGCUGCAGUGUCGGUUGGUGUUGCCUAUAGCUGCUACAAACAGUUGAGAUAGAACUUCCAAACCCAGCAUGUAGGUUAUUGUAUGUCCUUGAAUCCACUCUUUGCAAGAUUGGCUGGCAUUAAUGGGAAAAGGACCUUAAAGCAAAGUCCUUACUUCCAUGUGUGUAAGAAUUGUGAAUUAAUUUCUUUGUUUUGUAUUCUUGUAAAACUUGGAGUUUGUAAUUAUGCAUAUAAUUAAUCUAUGAGGUCUUUUUCCAAGCCUUAUGUCGA